UAAAAUCGUCCUGCUUUAUUUUCUUACAUUUUAAAAGUAUUUUUUCAUGUAAAAAGAUUCUUUCGGGGUAAAUUUCGUAAAAAGAGACUGACACUUGAUUUUAUUGAUUGCAUUUUCCCAGGCGAAGUUCGCACAGCGCAUGCUCUUGAAUCGCUCGGAAAAUUCUUGACUGUGCAGCAAGGGGAUUGGUUGAUUAGCAUCGAGUUCGACACGUGGGCACCAUGGGUAAAGAGAAGACUCACAUCAACAUUGUGGUGAUCGGCCACGUAGACUCCGGCAAGUCUACCACCACCGGCCAUUUGAUCUAUAAAUGCGGCGGCAUUGAUAAGCGCACCAUUGAGAAGUUCGAGAAGGAGGCCCAGGAGAUGGGCAAAGGCUCGUUCAAAUAUGCUUGGGUGCUUGACAAGCUAAAAGCUGAACGCGAACGUGGUAUAACCAUCGACAUAGCCUUGUGGAAGUUUGAGACGGCCAAAUACUAUGUUACUAUUAUCGACGCGCCCGGCCACAGGGACUUCAUCAAGAACAUGAUUACUGGAACUUCGCAGGCGGACUGUGCCGUGCUGAUUGUGGCUGCUGGUACCGGCGAGUUCGAAGCCGGCAUCAGCAAGAACGGUCAGACCCGCGAGCACGCCCUGCUGGCAUUCACCCUCGGCGUCAAACAGCUCAUCGUAGGCGUCAACAAAAUGGACUCCACCGAGCCUCCGUACCACGAGGCCAGAUAUGAGGAAAUCAAGAAAGAAGUCUCUUCAUACAUCAAAAAAAUCGGGUACAACCCGGCGACGGUGGCAUUCGUGCCGAUCUCGGGCUGGCACGGCGACAACAUGCUCGAGCCCUCCGACAAAAUGCCCUGGUUCAAGGGCUGGACCAUCGACCGCAAGGAGGGCAAAGUCGAGGGCAAGUGUCUCAUUGAGGCCCUGGACGCUAUCCAGCCGCCGUCCCGCCCCACAGAGAAGCCGCUCCGGCUGCCUCUUCAGGACGUGUACAAGAUUGGCGGCAUAGGCACGGUGCCCGUGGGACGCGUCGAGACCGGCAUCCUCAAACCAGGCAUGGUAGUGGUGUUCGCGCCGGCGGCCAUCACCACCGAGGUGAAGUCCGUGGAGAUGCACCACGAGGCGCUGCAGGAGGCCAUGCCCGGGGAUAACGUCGGCUUCAACGUCAAGAACGUGUCGGUAAAGGAGUUGCGCCGUGGCUUCGUCGCAGGCGAUUCCAAGAAUGCUCCGCCUAAGGGCGCAUCCGACUUCACUGCACAGGUGAUCGUGCUGAACCACCCGGGCCAGAUCAGCAACGGCUACACGCCCGUGCUUGACUGCCACACUGCACACAUCGCCUGCAAGUUCGCUGAGAUCAAGGAGAAGUGCGACCGCCGCACAGGUAAAACCACCGAGGUGGACCCGAAGUCGAUAAAGUCCGGCGACGCGGCCAUCGUGAUGCUGGUGCCGACCAAGGCGCUGUGCGUGGAGUCCUUCCAGGAGUUCCCGCCGCUCGGCCGCUUCGCCGUGCGCGACAUGCGCCAGACCGUUGCCGUGGGCGUUAUUAAGAGCGUAACAUUCAAGGAGGUAACAACGGGCAAAAUCACCAAGGCCGCCGAGAAGGCCCAGAAGAAGAAAUAACUAUGGGGCACUUUGAAAAUAACGAAGCGACCGCUGGCCCCCCCGCGCCGCGCCCCGGCGCCGGGCGGCCCGCGGGCCCGCGCCGCGCCCCGCCCCGCCCGCGACCCCCUAGCCCCCCACAAUCGGAGCUUCUUCACUGGUGACAUCACGCUCGACCCCGACAUAAUAUGCAUUUAUCAUAGCACGAUAUUCUUAAAGUUAGUUCGUUUUAGUUACGCUUACGUGUUAAGUUUAUGUCUUUGUGAUUAUUUUAGUCGUAAGUCACUCGCCAAGUUUGAGUUUCCGUACUUGAAAGCUCGUUAUGUUUUAUUUUUUCAUCGAAAGGAGUUCAGGAGGAAAAGUAGUAGUAGAGUCGCUAUUGGAUUUUUAAACCACUAUGCCGCACAGAGUUUGACGACUGUUGGUAGUGUUUUUAAGUCUGAUCUUGUAGAUUUUCCGGCUUAUCGUUUUAGUAGAUAGUUAGGUAUUGUUUUAUCUGUUUUAAAUUAUUAUCGUGAUCGUUUUACUUUCAUCUUAAGUUUAACUUCAAAUAGCAAUUGGUUUAGUAAAUCGAUAUCAUUGUUUGAUGGUAAAGCCUGCUGCAUUUUUUAAUAUUAUAAAAUAACUUUACUGUAAAAUACAUUAAUCAUUUUCUAACUACUGAUGUUCCCUUUUUGGAGUGAUGUGAUAUGGAAAUUAGGAGAAACACGAUAGUACAUAUUUCUUUCACAUUAUUCAUUUUUUUAAUGUUUGAUAAAGAUAAUGUAAUGGAUAAACAUCAGAGUGUAGAAAAUGGGGGUAAUUGGUUGAGAACCAAUUCCCUGUAGUUGAAUUAGCAGUAUGAGUAAAGCGUUUAAAACGUUUUGAUAGAAAUUGAAAUCUUUGUAAAGCGUAAGUAAUGUAUUUCUGUUCCUAGUUACAGUAAAAAGUAUAAUAUUAUGGAUUGUAGUGAUUGCGUGUAAGGGUUUAAACUUUCAAUAUCCAAGAAACGAGCCGCGAUAUUUUCUCGACGUUAGUAGUUCUUACAUACGGAAAACAAACUCAAGACUCAUUUUAAGCUAAAUGUAACUUUGUAAUUUUUUCAAUAAUUUUGUAAAGACCUUAUCCUGAUAAACCAAUAAAGAAGCUACUGGUACAAA